CCCACCUCGCGACCGCUUGCAGCUUUUACCACACCACUUUUUGGCAGGCGGGGCCGGCGCGCGUGAAGCGGCGGGGCGCGCCGGCCGCAUGGCGCUACUGUACCGCGCCACGCGCCUGCGCGACCGCGGCGACACGCAUGUGUUCACCUUUGUGGUUACACGCAGCGCGACCAGGGAACCUGAUCGGGAUGUGACCAGCAAAGACUUUGGUUGCGCGCAUCAGAGAUGGGCGGUGGCUUUCAACCGCUCGGCGGACGCUUCACUAGGAGUAUACCUGGUGUGGCGCGGCGCAUGCGAGGGCAUGCGCGUCUACGUAGACUUCACCUUCACGCUCCUCAGCCGCGACCACUUCACCGCCAAUGAGGGCUUCUCGGGCAAGCAGGUCCGCUUCAGCUCCGGCUGCGCGGCGCAGGGCCGCGGCCGCUGCGUCACGCUCGCCGAACUCAACUCCAAGUUCGCCGACGCUCGCGGCGAGUUCCAACUCGAACUCUGCAUGUCGCGCGUCCGCACUUUCUACUCCUGCGAACUCAGGGCGCCGCGCAUCGACACCCCGCCUAUCGCCUUCGCUGGCUUCGAUUGGACCGUCGCCGUGAACGGAUGGAGCAAGGAACCUUUAACGCUCAGACUAGUGCGACUCUCAGGAGAAGGACAGCAAUGCCGUGUCAGAUACGCGCUGGCUCUAGGCGAGGGCGAAAGGCGUGUGCAAUCGGGCGUUCUGGAUAGCCUUUGUGACGCCGAAGGGAGGACCCCGCCUUGGACGCCGCGUCCUCCUCCUCGCCCUAUUCACAAAGGCCUGCGGUUGACUGUGGAGCUGAUCCACGCCCGCGCUUUGGCUGAUCUUUCAGUAGCGGCGGCAGGUCGCGCGGUGACGUGCUACGAUCGCGACAAGCAAGCAUGGGCGCUUCGCUGCGACACGCACUCUGACACUGUGCGACUUCACAUGCUUUAUCGAGAUGUGCACAACGUGCCACGCAAUCACUUACGCUACGUGAGCUGGUCGGCUUGGCUGGUGCGCGCCAACCCGGGCGCCGGGGAGUCGGACGCCGAGGAGCUCCCGGGGGCGCCCUUCUCCAACUACUACGCGCAGGACAGCGCCGACGAGGGGCUCAUGAUGGAGACGGCGCUCCGCGUGGAGGAGAUCUCGCGCCCCGGCUGCCCCUUCCUGCACGCGGGCGGCGAGCUGCGCGUCCGGCUCGAGUGGGGCGAGACCUAUCUACUGUUUCAGGCUACUUACCAUAUCUAUGAUGAUCUUUGUCGUCUUCAAGCACAUCAGAUGAGACGUGAAAUCACUGCACUCCAAGCGGAAAACUACUCUCUAGAGCGGCAGCUGUUCAGUUACCAGAAAAGCCUGGCGUACGCGCAGGCGCAGGCGGGCGCGGGGGACGCGCCCCCGCCGGAGGGUGAGGGGCGGCGGUCCCCCGCCGAGCGGUCCCUCUCCACCGACACCGAGUACGCGUGAACACCGAUAGAUGGCGCCACUUGUCGCCCCACUCAUUUCUACUGAGUACGCGUGUACAUCGCUAGAUGGCGUCACUUCUUGUACGCGUCAACACCAGAUACCAGUUGGUGCCCCUCUUUCUACGGACUAACGUGAAUACCAAUAGGUGGCGUCACUAUUUUUACCGAGUAUACAGUGUAUACCGCUAGAUAGCGCCACUCAUUCAGUCGAGUACGCGUAAACGCCGCCAAACGGCCCCUCUUUCUACUGAGUACGCGUCUACGCUGUUAGUUCUGUAAGUUGGCACCACUCUUUCUACUGCUGAGUACACGUGAACAUCGCCAGAUGGCGCCAUUCUUUCUUCUGAGUACGCGUGAACAUCACCAGGUAGCAUCUUUCUACUGAAUACGCGUGUGCGCUGCCAGAUGGCGCCAAUUUUUCUACCAAGUUCACGUGAAAGUCGUUAGAUGGCACUCGUUGUACUGAGAUGCCGCCAGGCGUCGCUCGUUGUCGCUUCUCCGCCCGCUCUGCUCUCUAUCCUUUUCGACUGACUCUGACGUUUUUGAGCGAUUUAUCUAUUUUUCUAGACGUUUUAAGGCGGGGUGCGUCCUCGUCCGCACCGCUUCUCGCCGGCGCCUGCACUCUCGCGCUCGAUCUAUCGAUAGCCAAUUAUUAUACUCGACUACUUUUCUAUUUAUCUGUACAUAAAAUAUAUUUAGAUAUUAUAUAUUAUGUAUAUUUCUUAACUUGAAACUCGAAUUCAUAUACUGCAACAGUCGAUUAAGAGUAAAAGUCUAUGA